CGCAGUAACAUGUUUAUCGAUUUUGGGUGAGCAAAGCUGCCCCAUACGGUCCAACAUCGAUUCGCUACGAAGGUACCGAGCACCGGUUUGACAGUCGAUCUAAUCAGAGGAUCCACCGUGCAGAAGAGGUCCCCGAGGAGCGAAAAACGAGAAGGACUCGGCCGGGACUCCGCGAGCGGAUCUUUCGUUCGCGACGCGUUCGUAAACAGCGAACUACUACGCUCGACGACGACGACGACGACAACGACGUUUCCGUCGUGGUAGCCGUCGGGGAUAGCCUAAGAAGAAACACCCUUCGUCGCGAGAGCGAGUCCAAACUCGGCGCGAGAACGCGUACGGGAAAGUAUGCAGAACUAUGGACACGAGGAUUACGAUUAUGGGGUGCAAGGCGACGCGUCCGGGCAGCCGACCAACCGAAAUCUGCCGCAAGUUCCGCAAGUUCCGGGCGCUAGGCCGAUGGUAGACCCGCAGGCGGAGGGUAUCGUCGAUCCCGAGUUGUAUCCCCAGGCGAAGGAAGCCACGCACAAGAUCCGCGGCAAGAGCGACAUCCUGGAAUAUCUGUUCGGCGCUGUCGAUCAGGAGCUCCUCACCGUGAAGACCUUCUACUUCUUCUUCUAUUCCGCCUUCGGCUCUUUGUUUCCGCUCAUGGGGGUGUACUUCAAGCAAAUGGGAAUGAACGCCGGACAGUGCGGCCUCCUGAUCGGUCUCAGGCCCUUCAUCGAGUUCCUGAGCGCUCCUUUCUGGGGAUCCCUGGCCGACAGGUGGCAGAAGGGCAAGCUCAUUCUGUUGGCUUCUCUCUCCUGCUGGAUUAUCUUCACUCUACCGUUGGGCUUUAUUCAGCCUCCGCCGACUUCCUGCCUGGUCAUCGAGAACAAGACCUUUUACCUCCAGGCGUCCAAUAUAGAACAGAGAAUUGUGAAGCGCUCGGCCGACCUGGACGAACUAUAUUAUUCUGCACCCGAGGAGGAGGAGGAGGAGGUCGCGUCCAACGUUGUGUUCGAGAGGUUACGACGAAGUACGGACGAUAACGAAAUAUACGAUCACGCAAAGAGGCUGGACCCGCUGAGGGAAGUUGGUAUGCUCGAAACUUCUUACGACAUCGAGGGAAACGGUGUUCGGGCCUUCGAUAACGUCGCUUAUGACUUGAAGAACAACCGUGUCAGAAGACAAGCAGCCACCACGGAUGAGAGCAACGUCGAAGAUCUCAGGUAUAAACAGUUAGUGUUCGAAAACAACGACUCGGACGCGAAGACAAUCGACUUGGAGGCGUUGCAGGAGAAAAAUCGCCCGGCCGACGUUCUGGAGUACAAACGUUUCAUGAAGAAUGAACCUUUCACCGACAGAACGGUACCGAAAAAGGCUUAUGUGCGUACCAAGACACGCGUCAAGCCACCGCCGGCGAAAAUAAUGGUGAAACGAGAAGUGGAGAAGAAGCUGACGUUUUUGGAGGAGAACGACAUGGUCCGGGUUGACGAUGAUGACGAGGAGGAGGACGAGAGAAGCGCGGGUAUGCUCCUGAGGAGAACUCGCAGAAACGCGAAGAUUGAAGAGUACCCGUUGUCACCGGUAUCGGUUACUAACGCGGCCAAUUAUGACGCGAAUGAGAACAAGGGGUGGGUCAAGCCGAUCUUCAGCUCCAUAGUUUACAGAUUGCCGGACAUUCAAAAAACAUUCUUCCUCCUGCUACUGCUGGUCAUAGUUGGUGAAUUUUUUUCGGCACCCGCUAUAACUUUAGCCGACUCGGCCGUUAUCACCUUGUUGGGCGAAGACGCCGAUAGAUAUGGCCAUCAACGCAUGUUCGGAAGUCUCGGAUGGGGUUUGGCCAUGUUCUUCGUCGGGAUCGCCCUCGAUCACAGCACCGCGUUCCCGGACCACCCUUGCAAGCCUGACGCAAGGGAGAAAAAUUACACGAUUUGUUUCGCGAUAUUCAGCGUGCUAAUGGGUGCUGCGCUAAUAACCGCGACGCAAAUUAAUUUCAAGUAUGACUUUAUGCCCGCCGAACCGGAAGUGGUGAAACCUCCGGCCGAACUGACGCGGGAAGAACAACUGCAAAAUCAGUUGUCUCAGCAGCUGAACCUGCCUGGGCUCCAGGACUCGUCAGCUGCUGUAGAUCUUAAGCCUCAACCUCCCGAGGGGAAGACGAAAAUGUUUGCUCAAACGACAAAAGAGAUACCGGAGUGGAUAACGGUGUUGAAGCAAUUCAAAGAUCUCAAGUGCGCCUCGUUCCUCUUCGUCGCGUGGUUCAUGGGAUUCGGCAUCGGACUGAUCUUCACUUUUCUCUUCUGGCAUCUUCAGGAUUACGGCGGCUCCCCGACCCUCUUCGGCGUCGCGUCCGUGAUCAAUCACAUCUCCGAGAUCUUCGCGUAUUUUUUCAGCUUCAAGCUUAUCCGACAGAUCGGCCACGUUAAGGUAUUGUGCCUGGGUUUGGGUGGAAACAUACUUCGGUUUCUUUACAUAUCUUGGCUGAGGAAUCCGUGGUGGGUCCUUCCUUUCGAGUUUAUCCAGGGUAUCACGCAUGCGGCCGUGUGGGCCGCUUGCUGCAGUUAUAUCGCUCAUAAUACACCGCCGCAAUUGCGCUCCAGCGCGCAGGGUGUUCUUCAGGGACUUCAUCACGGGCUUGGAAGGGGUUGCGGCGCGGUGAUCGGUGGCAUGUUCGUCGCAGCCUACGGCACGACCACGACGUUCCGGGCAUACGGUCUUAUUUGCAUCAUCGUCCUGGCGAUCUUCGUCUUCAUCAAUUUCUACAGGAAGGAUACCGGUUUCGUGUCCGAGCUACCACAGACGGAAGAUCCGCAUCAAGUAGCCGAGGCUACCCAUCUUGCACCGCACGGCGUGCCGAGCAAUGCUAUACCCAGAGCGCUUAGUUCCAGUCGUUUGCACGAGCUAGCUAAUCAAGAUGCUGGUUAUGGUGCCACUUAUCAGACCAGUGGUGGAAAUCUGGCUGUACCUGGCGCUAAUGGAGGUCCUGGCAACCCAACGAAUCCAUUCUUGAGCAGCGGCGGCGGUGGCGGCGAAGGUGGAUAUAAUUAUGGUAUGACUGGCAAGGGAGAGGACGAGUAUAUUCGUAGGAGCUUCCAGAUCUACAGUGAAGUGGUGGGUAGGGAAUUCGAUCUCGUAAAACCGACUAUCCACCUACACGCCCAACAACCAUGCACCAAUCCCUUUCAUCAACACGACUACGACUGUACUCUCUCGACGCCAAUUCUGCUGAAGAAGCUGCGAUUUCUAAUAAACCACUCGGACCUGCGUACGAUCGUCAAGUGCUUCAAUCGCGGAAUAUUCGGCGAGGAUCCGGACAUUAUCGCCCUGGUGUACGACGAAAUUGCUUCGCGCGGCUUACACAACACCGCGUACGUGGAAGGCAUAGUCAGGCAGUACAACAAAUAUUACGGAAGGUGCGACACCCCAAUGGUUGCUACUAAUAUUAGUAUAACAGAAAGUCCACAGAAUGGAAAUACAGCACUGAUGGGGCAAGGAAAUUUGCCAAAAGCUGUCCUUAAGAGGGCAUCAGAAGCUGAUAUAGAAGAUGUCACCAACGCUAAGAGACGUCAUAAGAAUCCACAGCCGAAAAAUGCAGUAUGCGCUUUGAAUGAGCUAAAAACUGGAGCUAUUUACAAAGUGGUGGGUCAGACUGGGCCCACUCAUGCUCCAAUAUUCACGAUUGCCGUGCAAAUCGAUGGGCAAACGUACGAAGGGAAAGGACGCACUAAGAAAAUGGCAAAACAUGCAGCCGCGGAACUUGCUCUACGGAACAUCAUACAGUUUAGAAAUACACCGGAGGUUCAUCAGGCUAUCAAUACUUGCCCAUCUGUUGUAUCUCUCGAGCCGGAUUUCACGAGCGACGUAACUGAACGUGAUAACCAUCUUGUCAAUGCAUUUAAAACAUUAACGCAAGAGCCAAAAAAUACGAGUAAGUUUUUAGAUAAAGGUCCAGUAGCGUUGAUCAACGAACUCUAUCCGGGCGUUAUAUACAACUGCAUAUCCGAUAACGGAGAAAGUUACGCGAAAUUCACAAUAUCCGUAACUAUUGACGGAGAGACGUUCGAAGGGACGGGCCCGAGUAAGAAGCUAGCGAAAGCAGCAGCAAGUAAAGCCGCAUUAGCGAAAUUGCGAAAUGUUCACAGUUCCUCGUUUUGUAUACCGCUCCCUGUUCGUAUCUUGCCCAACUUUUCCAAUUCAGCACACUGGCAGGAACAGAUGACUUUGCCGCAAAUGCUAGCUGACAAAAUUGGCAAGAUGGUAAACCAGAAAUUUAGUGAACUCAUACAAAGCAAACCACAGCAUGCACGACGUAAGGUUCUAGCCGGUAUUGUGCAAACAAAAGGAACAGAUGCCGAACUGAUAUGCGUUACUACUGGUACGAAAUGCGUGUCGGGUGAACAUUUGAGCGUUAGCGGUGGUGCUGUCAACGAUUGUCAUGCGGAGGUGGUAGCACGCCGAUGUCUUUGUGAAUAUUUAUAUAAGCAACUAGAACUCCACGCUGAGGAUAACAGCAUGGAAUCGAUUCUCGAGCCAGCUAAGAAAGGAUUCAAAUUAAAGCAAGGCAUCCAAUUUCAUUUGUACAUAAAUACCGCCCCCUGCGGAGACGCGAGGAUCUUCUCGCCUCACGAAGAAAACGAAUCCGUAGACAAACAUCCCAAUAGGCGAGCAAGAGGUCAAUUACGUACAAAGAUAGAAUCUGGCGAAGGGACUAUUCCUGUCAAGAGCAACGAAGGUAUUCAAACCUGGGAUGGCGUCUUGAUGGGUCAAAGACUGCUGACGAUGUCGUGUUCGGACAAAAUAGCUCGAUGGAACGUACUUGGUGUGCAAGGCGCGCUUCUAAGCCACUUCAUCGAGCCAAUUUACUUCCACAGCAUUGUUCUCGGCAGUCUUUUGAACCCCAGUCAUAUGUACAGAGCAGUAUGCGGUCGUAUCGAAAAUACUAUUCAGGGUUUACCACCACCGUAUAGACUUAACAAACCAUUAAUGAGUUUAAUCACAUCAUCUGAGGUCAGACAACCUGGAAAAGCUCCUAAUUACAGCGUCAAUUGGACGAUCGGGCAGAUCGAAGCUGAAGUCAUAAAUUGCACGACUGGAAAAGACGAGUUGGGUAAACCUUCCAGAAUAUCUAAGCAGGCAUUCUUUAGAAGGUUUUUCAAUCUCUUAGGUAAACUUCCAACCAUAGAAGAUGUUGAUGAAAAUCGUUGCCGUCAUUAUCUUGAUGCGAAAUCGUCGGUACAGGACUACUCGCUUGCUAAACGUCAAUUGAAGGACGCUUUUGUGAGAGCGCAGCUUGGAAGUUGGGUGAAAAAACCGAUUGAACAGGAUAUGUUCGAAGUCGAUAUCUGACUAAAUCAGAGUAAUAGUAACAUCCUGCGAAGUAACGAAAAGAGUCAAGUUGUGGAGUAUGUAGUUCCUAGUGCAAAAUAGAUCGCUCGUUCGGCGUGUCAUAAUAUGGCAGAAUUUGGUAUCAGUAAAGCAUAAAUCGUAGGAUCUCGCGCAUGUAUUCCAUCUUGCGCCGUGUAUGAUCUCAAUAUAUUCAUCGUGUUCAAGGUGUAUUACAGAUCAUCUGUUUUAUCAAUUAUUACAACAACAAUUUAGUUCGACACAAUGUAGUCGAUAGAGAAGUGCGCACCAGGACUUAAAGCUUAUGUUAUUUUGACGUGUCUCACACAACCAGCGAUAAUUAUAGAUGUAAAGUCGACUCAGCACAUAUCCAUAAUGGAAUUUCAUAGUACUAGCAUGGUCCGUAUAAUAUGUAUUAUUUUCUGUUUUUGGACACAUUUCUAAUUUCGAUAAACUAUCCGAAGAACGAGUAAAUAAGAUUUAUCUAACGGACUCUAACGUACAAACGAUCUUUCUCUUAUGCAAAACAAUUUUGUUGCUUUGUAUAUACAUAUAUAUUAUUUCCAUUUGUCCGUUCUCGUAAUGUAAACAAUUAAUGUCCAAAAUCACUUCGAAUAGUUUUUAAAUUAAAAUAGUAUUAAUAGGCAAUAUACUAGUAUGUUAUAUAUAAACGCAUUGCAUCUACAAUACACCCAGAUAACAUUCUACUCUAUGUCAGAGAUAUGCAAAUUAUACAACAAGUAUAAUCGCAAUCUUAGGAGAAUUGUAAUUUGAAGUUCGGUACAAUGCAUCUCAAACGCGCACUAUACGCACGAUGACAUGAACAUCAUGUAUUAUACACAAUGAACAUAUCUUUGCGUAAGUGUGCACGAAAAAUCCACGUUAAUCGUGAGUGAUAUAUCUCAAAGUGUCUGAAAUUCAGAACUUUGCUAUCGGUUUACGAAAUGCUAUCUGGGGUCUUUUUGUAGGGCAUAGGUAUCGUAGCAACGAGUUAAGUCGCGACACUUUGCACCUUCAACGGCUGUGAUUGAAUUCAGAUCUGAGAAAUGGAUCUUAAUCAGUAAAAGAUACCAACUUCGUCGCGAAGUUCAGCGAAAAAGACGGACAGUAUGUCUCUCAUCAAUAUUAAUAUAUUAAUUACAAUUUUUCCAUUAUUAGUGGCGACCAACGGCGUUCUCAAUUAUCUGCUAUUCUCAUUAGAACUAGAAUUACAUUUGAAAAUGCAUCCAAUUUCUUUUUUGUUUUUAACAUAUAUAUUUUCUAUAGUGAAGAAUAUUAAAUAUCGCGUAGAAAUCUCUUUGAGAACGAGUUAAAAAUGAAUCGUGUUUUAAUAUUAGGAUUACCAAUUUUAAUAUAUAAUUAGAAUCGUAAUGUACAUUCGUGUAUUUCGUUAUAAAACUUGCAACUGUCCGCAGCCACACAGUGCAAUGUAGUGAUUAUUUAUUACUUCAAUGUACAGGAUAUUUUGCAUCAAGUAGAUUUACUUUGGACUGUAGACUUGUUUCAGUUUUGAGUCAGUUUUUUCUUAGCAAGAACGUCAUAAAAAAGAUAGUUCAUUGAAACUUUUUCCAUUUCUAAUAUUAUAAUCCAUUUCUAAUAAUAUUAUACAUCUUUAACCUUUGAAUUAUAAAGUCCUGUCACAUUAGAAUCAACUUGAAAUUAAUUAAAAAAUACGAACGGUAGGGUACACUUUUGUAAAGAAAAAGUCGACUCAAGAUUGGCCGAAAAAUACACGGUUCCAAAAGAAAUACACUUUGUGCGACACAUCCUGUGUAGAAAUUAAGUGAACGAGAAUGAGCGAUAAAAAAAAAGAAUAUGAUAAUAAUUACUUGUGCGCGUGACAUGCAAUUAUAUAGUUUUUCAGAUAAAUACGUUAAUAAGUAUCAAAAUAGUGUAUCUAGAGAAUCCUAAGGUCAUUGCCUCACUGUGCCAGUAUUACAAUUAAUGCAAUUCUGCCGUAGUGACACACUGCCCGGUGCUGGUCCAGUUUUGCAUAAAGAACUCGGUUCAUUUUAUUUAAGCCAAAAUGAACAAGAGACACCAAAAAUUUAUUUUUUUGGAAUUGCAAUAUAGGCGACUGUUAGCGAAACAUUAAGCAUUAUUUUCUCGAGCAGGUAUAUCUUUGUGGAGUUAGAGAGGAAGACAAAAAGAGAGAAAGAACUUAACACAUAAGCGUAGAAAUUUAACUUAAACGUAAGUGGCACACGCAAUCGUUCCGAUACAUGUCUCUAAGAUAAAUGUCAAGCAGUUCCAUUUUCUUUUUUCAUUUUUGCAAUCAGUGGAGGAAAUUGAUACACUUGUGUUCGAAAUUACUACAUUUGAGUUAGUAACAAGUGAGACAGAAUAUUGUCCAAAAAGUAACUUAUUUUCUUGCUCUCUAUGUAGAUUUAAAAUACAGUAUUUUCUUCUUUACAUGCACAUAUCUAAUAGAUUGCGUGCGAUGAUAAAGAGUUGGUUCGCAAUGAUGUUAAUGAUACCAGUCCUGUAUUCGUGCCAAGCGCGAUACGCACCAAUGGCUCAACGAAUUUUACUUUAUCUUCGUCUGUGUUCUCUAGUUUUUUAAUAAGAAUUAUUCUGAUAAGAGUACAUUCGAAAGAACGAUACAGUCGAACUUCGAUAUCUGACGAAAAGGAAUGCCUCACUAUCACACGAAUCUAGUGAGUUGCUAGCCAAAAUUGGUGAUGUACUGUCCGUGAAGGUGGCAUUUCAACAGUUGUAUUGUAUCACGAUACUGUAUCGCUCUCAAUUCUUCACGAAUGUUGAUGGUGUAGUUGAGGGCAAGUUUCGCUAAUAUAGCGCUUAUAUACAUAUACAUACGCGUACGUCGUCCCAUAACUGGUGAUACAAACGAGAAGAUACGCAUAUAUGAGAGACAAGUUAAAUAUAAGUCUACAGGAGCCAAAAAAUAAACCGAGAAUAUGGAGUGAAACGAAUAAGAAAAGUUGAAGAUUAUUUUAAUUGUAAUAUGUUGUGAUAUGUUUAAUUGUGAGAAAAGAAGGAGAUAUUUAUUUUUCAAUAUGUGAAAUUUUUCUCUUUUUUGAAAGCGAAGCAUCGUUUAGAAAGAAUAAUUUACUCUGUAUUUUCGAUUUAUAUUUUCAUGUAAGAGAUUUUUCCAUUUUUCUUCCUGAUGAUUAUGUCGCUAAUUACAGAAUACACCGUAUAUAUCCGACUGUAUAGUUUUGAACAAUUAACGGAUGAAACCAUAAGAAACUAUUUUCAGUAGACACUUGCAGCAUAGAUGCAGCGAUUGAAUAGAUUAUACAAAAAAUACAAAAUAAUUAUUUUGUUAGGACAGCUUUAAGUUAGCUCAAAGUUUGUUUGCUAAAUAUACAUAUCGAAUUCGAAUGUAACAAAUGGAUAAUACCAACAACGAUUGGCAAUACGUGUUCAUUUACGCAUGAUCGCGUGAUCUAUCAGUUAUUCGAUUAAGCUCUGAGAAAGCAAGACUAGCAAGUACGGUUUAUAUGUUACAUUCGAAUUUGUAAUGUUUAUUUAACUAUCCAGUAUUAAAAACAUAUCUUAUUGCCGUAUAUAUAUAUAUGAUUCGUAUAAUUAUUGUUCACUGUAAAACGACGCGCUUUAAUUAUACUAAAAAGGUUGCGUUCUAUUUAUUUUCUACGUUAAAAACAUCAAAAUGUGUUGUUUAUUAUGACUUAUGAACAUAUUGUUCACAUUAUAUAUUCUAUCGAGACGUGAUAUAUGGUACAAUGGAAAAAGCGAUAAUUCUACGUGUAAAAACACAGAUUAAAAAUGUGGGAUAUUUUUACACUCGGGUAUUACCUAGUUUUCGAUUGUACCGUGAUUCGUGAUUUCACGUACUUUGUUUUUCUUAAUCGCGAAUGUAUUCGUAACCAUGGCAUAGUUAGUAACAUUGUCCAUAUAUUAUAAUUCAACAUACUAGCUAUUCCACGUAAUGAAUACUUCGUAAUGUGAAUAUGAUAUUUAUAUUUCAAAAUUAAUUUAUUAUUUCGUUGAUAAUGUAUUUUCGUUGAUAAUGUAUUUUCGAAAUUUUGAAUAAUUAUUUCUUUAUUCUCUAA